UAAACCAGUUUGCACUGGUAUGGAACAAACCACAGGAAGCCCUGACGGGCCCGCUCUGUGCGCACAUUCCUGGCAGAACAGAGUGAGCUUGGCAGCAAAGCGAUCUUUCCAUUGGGGGUUAUAUUGUUCUGAGGAAUGCCUUGAAGAGAUUUGCAUUUAACUGUUCGAUAUGUACCACAUUAACAGUGCAUUUCACUGCAGGAGAACAGACUCCUACAGUAGAAUGCCUCAACCAGGUUCCAGCUAACUGGAUUCUCAAGCAACCCUCUAGAAUCAAAUACAAACCGGCACUAUAGUCAUGCUACAGUCCUGAAAUAUUCUCUUGUACAAAUCCCUUGGUCUUGACAUUCUUUUAAUACAUGGACUGGGCCCCACCCCUAUUCAUUCUACAUGCAUGACUGGUCGUUGGUCUGCAGUUGCACUUGCAUCCUGAUUGUUAAAAUCUUCAGCAUGUUUUGCUAUUCAGGGAUCAAGAGAUGUUUAGCUCCAUCAUUAUGUAUCCCUAUGAACUCUGAUAAGACCGAUCGCCUUGACAACGAUGCAUCACUGAACGCUGAGAAGAGCAGGACAGCCAGAGAGAUCGUCUGUCCAGGAGGGCAGUAUCCCCACUCCGGGUUCUGCUGCCUUAACUGCCCUGCCGGGACAUAUGUGAAGGAGAAGUGCACAACAGCGGGCUCUAGUAGCCAGUGUGCGGCAUGCACCUUUGGCACAGACUACACGGAGCACGGCAGCGGCUUGGAGCGCUGUCUUCAAUGCACUCGCUGCCGCUCGGAUCAAGAAGAGGCGGUCCCUUGCACUGGGACACAGAACCGCCUUUGCCGGUGCAAGUCUGGCACCCACUACUGCCCCCCUGAGGAGCCCUGUGAGGUGUGCAAACGCUGCUCAAAGUGCCUGGAAGGGACUGUGGUGAGAAGCUGCAAUGCCACUGCAAACGCAGUGUGUGCGCCCAGAGACAGCCCUCCAGCUGGCACAGAAUCAGGUUUUUCCGCAAGUACAAUCACCCUUGCUGUUGUAUUGCCCUUGAUCGUAUUGCCCCUGGCAGUGAUUGGGUUGAUUCUACGGAAGAAACAGCGUUGCGGGCUGAUCAGUGAGCGUCCAAGUGAGCCAAGUGUGAACAUCCUCAUUCCCACGGGCAUUGCAAGCACCUCUUCCCCGGAAGAGAUACAGAACCACAACAACGAGUCUCAGAUCCAGGAGUCUGCCCUCUUGCUGCAGACUGGAGGCCAGGACAACGAUGACUGGGGACUGGGGGACAGUCUGUCCAACACAGCCGCCUCGUCCGAGAACAACUUGAGCAGCAGUCCGUACCGCAGCACCCCUCCCCAGCGAGAGAGCCCUCAGUCUGAGAGAGCCUGUCCCACCAGCGGCGCCACGCUCAAAGACACAAGUGAAUUAUACAGUCUUAUUCCACUGCAGGACAAUGCUCUCUUGGCCUGCCUGGAUGAGUUUUAUAAAGUUCCGUUUAAAUCCCGCAACAGACUCAUGAGGAAAGCAGGACUCCCUAACAACAAGAUUGAAACGGCCAAGCAAAACCACCCCCAUAACGUGGAAGAGCAGUUUCACGAGAUGCUGCUCUCCUGGCACGAGGAGCAAGGACAAGCAGCCGAUAUUAAUACACUGCUGAGGGCUCUGCUGCAUCUGGACCACAGGCUCUCUGUUGAAGAAAUUACAGCAGAAGUUAUAAAAAAUAAAUUUUAUACCAAAUCAUCUUCACACCUGUUAUAGACAAACACCUACUGCUUCUGUAAGACAGAACGGGGGGAAAAAAAAACAAAAAACCAAAACUUAACAAAAAAACAAAUGCUCCAGCCACUAAAGGAACUUCUAAUUCUUCCCUCGCUGUUUAGCUCCAGGGGGUGUGUGGGUGUGAUGCUGUUUUUAAGUUCCGAUACCAGGCAGUGUGGAUUUCCUGCUGUGACCUCCCUGGCGCAUCAGCAUGGCAGCCAUCUGGAAUGGGGUGGCAAGGGGACCGCCCGGCGGAGGGGUGAUCAGGUGGGCACCUCCCGUCUUCGAUGUUCACCUCGGGAAGGCUGGACGGGGAUGCUGGCAUCCCAGCGCCACUCCCUUCUGCCCCCGGGCCCCACUGAGCCCAGUUUACUUACCUGGUCAUCCAUUCCAGGCCAUUGGGCCACGUACUACAUGAAUUGUAUGGCACAUUGCCUUGAUCAAGGUAGACACAAGUGAAAACAGGUAGCUUAUGAAGAAGAAAUUAUAUUUAUUAUUUAUAAUUUGUAUUAUGCGUAUUUAAUUUAUUUAAUGAAUAAAAUAAUUGCACUUAGCAGUAUUUUUUUUUCUUGGUGCCAUUCCUCUCAUUUACAAUUGUAAAUGACUCGCAGCAAAAAACUGUGGUUUUGAAAGCUGGCAAUCGUACACCUGGAAAAACAAGGGAACCCUGCGCAUCACUGUUGCUUCUGAAUACAGAAAAAUGAUUUGAGCAGGUGUGCUGUGCAUAGACAUCGAGUGUGCAAUGACUGGACAGCCAACGCUAAGAAAACUUAGGUGCCUCCAAGUGACACAAUAUUAAAGGGCUCUUUGUGUAAGACACCGCAUCUUCAAAUGUCUUUGUUCAAAUCCACUAACAUAACCAGAAAUAUGGUGUUACUGAACUUAGAUAGUUGCUUUUGCUGUCUUUAGCUUGCUUUGUAGUUCAGCACUUGUAUUAGCAUGCUAUAGAAAGCUGAGCUGUGUUGGUCUUGUGUGAUGCCCUGUGGUUACAGUUUCUCUAGUGAUAUGAUUACUUAUGAUCCCUUACUAGGACCAGUCUAAAUCCUUGCCCCGACCAGUUUUGCAAAACUCAGGAAUCUGAUUAAUCAGAUGCCAUACACUGAAGUGACAUGCUGUACUGUGCAAGGGUCUCUCUUCCCUUGCAAAUGUAAAUUCUGUUUUCCUGCUCUUUGCAUUGGAUCUGGUAUUCUGGUCUUUGCAGAAGUGGCCAGUCUUUUUUUAGAUCAGCUUCCUCUGUACAGUGUUAUUGUCCUCCAGUAAGGGAAUACCUCUAUCCUUUGUGCAUUUUGCAUGUCGCGCUUUGCAGCGAUAGAGCUACAGAGCUCGAGGAUGUACAUUAUGCUGUAUCCUGCUGUCAAUCUGUUGUUACGUGCUGCAAUUUUAUUUUAUACUGAACUCGGUAUGCGUUUUGUACUUUUGUGUAUAUAUUUCUGUAAAAAAAAAUUGUUUGUUAUAAAGAUAGGAAGCUGGCUCUUCAAAGAAAAUGUAUUUCCAUUGUAGAAGUGUAUUUUAACAAUUAAAGCAUUUCCAAACAG